CGUUACUCUAGCUCGAAACUCUCGCUAAUCAAUGGCGGCCACGAAAGUUCACCGCAAUUCGACAGAAAUGAAGUCCAAAUUCAAAUAAAUUGAGAAGUCUGUCUUAUUCGUCGGCGGGGAAGAACAGUGAUGCACAGACCAAGGCGAAAUAAAAACGGGAAAGGAAAGAACUUGGAUGUAAUUCACAAGAGUUGAAUGAUAGCCCGGGAUUUCUGGCGUGUGAUGAAAUUAGGAUUUUGUGCCGGAAACCCACCUGCUUUUUAAGGAUUCUUGGGGUACUGAGAUGAAAUGAUAGAAGAUCCUCACGGAGCACCACGGAGACGAUCGGUUUUGCUGUUUUCGAGGUAAUUGAGUGCUGAACAGGGGGAAAAGUGUGACUUGGGGCUUCAAAUUCAACGAGUAUUCAGUGGUGAGGUGCGACUUUUUGGCCCUUAAAGCUCGUCAGGUCGUGCUCGCAAUCAGCUACUCUCAGGUUCUAUUAUUUUCCUGUUUCAGGGUACUUUUUUUAUUGAUUUGUUUUAAAAGAAGUGAUCUCAAUCAACUAUUCCGGGGAGUGGUGUAGAAUCUGGUUCUCAGAAUAAGAGAAAGUGUGGUGAAUUGAAAACCUCAUGUUAUUGUAGGGGUUUUGAGCAGUGCUGGUGAAUUCCGUCAAUAUUGUGAGGGUUUUGAAGUUCUGUGCCUAUGCAAGGUGAUUGUGUUUACAGCAGGGGGAGUGAGCAGUGAAAAUUUUGCAUUUGGCGGCAGUUCAAAACUGUAGAACAAUUGAGAGGUUCAGCCUUGCACCAUAAUUUUAAUAAAUUUGGAGAUUUGAGGAUUUUUUUGAUUUUUUUUUGGACUUUCAUACAGUACUCUGGGGCUCCUUCUUUGCCUGUUUUGAGGGUUGUUUCUUUAGAAGAAUCAGUGUUCGUUGUUAUAUGCGAUCCAAUCAGGGUUUCCGCUUGGGCAAAACACCUGAAUGGUCGAAAACCUUGAAUUUGUGAAGAAUUCAUCUUUGUAGAGAACCUGAAAGUUUCUGGUUUACAAGGGGAGCUCACUUUUCAAUGUCAAGAAUCAAAUGAAAGAUCAAACACGGUCUGGUUACAUGAUUUUCCUGUUUUGAAAUCAGUGUUUGGUGUCAUAUUCAAUGCAAUUGCGUUUAUGGCGGGGCAAAAUAUUUGGAACAAUGAGAGUUUUGCAAGCAAUUCACUAGUUGAGGCAUUUAUGGCCUCUUCUUCAUCUUCUUCUGCCUCCAAUUUACAGAUGGAUCCAAAUUUGAACCAGGAGACAUUGCAGCAGCGACUGCAGAUUCUGGUUGAGACUGCCUCAAUUGUGUGGACAUAUGCAAUAUUCUGGCAGGUUUCUUAUGAUGCUAGUGGUGCCCCUCAGCUGUGCUGGGGCGAUGGGUACUAUAAGGGGCCAAAGAAUGCAGAAGAGGACGAGCAACUCAGAAUGCGCAGCCGUAUGACUGUGAGUCCAGAUGAUCAGGAGCUUAGGAAGAAGGUUUUGAGAGAUUUGCAUUCCAUGAUCAGUGGGGCUGAUGAGCCGAAUCAGCAGGAUGAAGAAGUUACUGAUCCGGAAUGGUUUUAUUUGGUUUCUAUGAUGCAGUCCUUUCCAUUAGGGUUUGGAGUACCUGGAUUUACAUUUUCUAGAGGAGGUCAUGUUUGGUUAGCUGGAGCGGAGAGACUGCAUACAGCAAACUGUGAAAGGGCAAAACAAGCCCAACAGCUGGGGAUUCAAACCUUGGUUUGCAUUCCAAUUCAGGGUGGAGUAGUGGAGUUUGGAUCCAUGGAACUCAUUGCCGAGAACUGGUUAUUUCUCCAGCAGGUUAACCGUUCAUUUAACCUUAACUUCAACCAGUCUAAUGCUAAUCCUGUUCAAAAUCCGUCAUUGUGGUUAGAUGAACCACUGAGUUUAACACAAGGUAAUGCCUUUCAGUCUGCACAGUAUAUCGAACCAGCCAAAACAGUAGUUAAUAAUGUUGAAGUCCAGUCUUUGAACUCUGCAUUUCCUCUGGAAUCGGCAUUUACAGAUUUCAGUUCAGUCACAGAGAGACAGAAAUUUUCUUCAUUUGGGGACCAGAUGGGUUUGUCUGUUAGAGGCGACCAGCCAUCAUUGCACCAUCAAGCUCAAAAGACUGAGAUCAUUGAAGCACCAACAAUCCACAUUAUGGAAGCAACAAAUGGUAUGGAAGAAAAUGGUAGUGUUGUGGGCUUCAAUGCAUUGAAGCCUAUGAGAACUGUAGAUACCACUUGUUUGCCAAAACAAAAUAUCAGUCUGGGGAUAUUCAAUAACACCGAAAAGAAUUCAUCAAAGCGAAUCGAGGAUAACCUUAGUUUUCCAUCUAAUCCUUCUGGAAUAGCUGUGGGCAGUUUCCGUUCCAGUAUUGAAUCGGAGCUUUCUGAUGUAGAGCCCUCUGCAUCAAUUAAAGAAUCAGAGUCUAUUGUAGUGGAGAAAAAGCCACGGAAACGUGGGAGGAAGCCUGCAAAUGGUCGUGAAGAGCCACUGAAUCAUGUGGAGGCUGAGCGGCAAAGGCGAGAGAAACUAAACCAGAAAUUCUAUGAGCUUCGUGCUGUAGUUCCAAAUGUCUCAAAGAUGGAUAAGGCUUCUCUGCUUGCAGAUGCUGUUUCAUAUAUCAAUGAUCUUAGCUCCAGACAACAAAGAUUGGAGGUUGAAAGGGAUGAAUUACAAAGUCAAGUUGAUGCAACAAAAAAGGAAUUGCUGGUAUGUUCUUCCAAGUUUGGAACUAAAGAACCACCAAGCUAUACAAAUAUUGAUCUAAAGGGUUCUAGUGUGGGGAAAUUUCCGGGCUUGGAAUCAGAAGUUCGCAUUCUUGGCCAAGAAGCAAUGAUAAAAAUUCAGUGUGUGAAAUACAAUCAUCCUGUUGCUAGAUUGAUGACUGCACUGCAAGAACUUGAUAUGGAAGUCCUCCAUGCAAGUGUUUCUACUGUAAAAGACUCUUUGAUGAUUCAAACAGUUAUUGCUAAAAUGUCUAGAGUUUUGUACACAGAACAACAACUUAAUGGCCUGCUUUGUAAGAAAGUAGCUGAUCUGAAGUAGGCAAUGAAACUAUGUUCUAUAUUGAUCAGGACAUGCCUUCUGAUUGUUGGGCUUCAAUUUUCUUAACGUGACAUGAAGUGAUGCUGAUUUUCUCUAAUGGUAUGAUUUAUUUAAAGCCUCUUGAGCAGACUUCAAGCCUUAAAAUGAAGUAAAAGGCAAGGGUUUGCAUACUCUAAAGACUAACAUAGCUUAAUGUUGCUUAUCUAAUGAAGCAACCUAUUUUAGCAUGUAAAUUGUUCAAAAUUGGCAAACUGCACUUUUAAAAAAGAAUUGCAGCAUUUGCAUCAGCAGAAACAAGUGCAAAAAGGUUUAUCCCAAGAAAUUAUCUCCCACUUUUAAUACAGGCCAAGCGCAGCUUCAGAUGUUCUGACAGAAAGUUUGAUCAAGCUGCUAUGCAAUGAAAGCAGUAGCAUUCUGAACACAAUCAAAUAGUGAAAACAGUUUUGUUUUAGCUUGAUUUUUAUGAAGCUGGUUAUGAAUGGCUGCAACAUUAUUGGAGUAAAAUUUGCACCAGUUUGUACUUAUUUAAGGCAUUAUGUACUACAAUUGCCAGAUGCUCCAAGCUUUGGUGUACACUGGCUGCAAUAAACUAACUGAUAACCUUCUAUAAAUAAUUUACACAAUUUUGAAUUGAGCACUUGGCUUGUAGGCUGGGUUCUAAAUCUCGUUCAUUGCUGUGAUGACUCUAAAAUUCAGAUUCCAAAAGUUGUCACCUGAGAAUCAGAAGCAACUAAAACAGAUGCAACAUCAUAAAUAAACUAAAGCAUAGAAUGUUUGUCUAAUGUAAUUUGUUGUGUCAUACACUCUUUCUUUAACUCCUAUUGAUGUAACUCAAAGAUAAUUUACUAUUAUUCAAAUGGUAAUGCUUUUGGUGGAA